AGGGGGAAAGGGGGUGGCCCAAAAUAAAGCCCGCUCUCUGGGAUCCGGGCCAAGCGAAAGGAGCCGCGGAGUCCCAGUCGGGAACGCCGCUCGCACCGGAUCCGCCUCGACUGGCCUGCGACCGAAGUCCCAAGGACCGGACGGGGCCUGCUGAGGCUGUGCGGACUGCAGAGCACAGUGGAGCCCAGCAUGCCGACCAUCGGCGCUGACCGAGGCUUUAUGGCCACCACCAACGGGCUCCUCAGGAUAGCCGAAAUUACCUUGGGCCUGUGCGGGCUCAUCUGCAUCGAGUCGAUCAGCGGGGAGUGUUACUACGCCUACAUACACCGCUACGAGUUCAGCCUGUUCGUGGUCAUCACGUCGUUCCUGUUCGCCUUCUUAGUCAUCAUGGUGUUCGUGCUGCGCGCCCAGGAGGCCCUCGCCAGAUGCUUCAACGUGCCGCUCUCGCUGCUGGUGAGCGACAGCUUCAUCGCCCUGUUCUAUCUGAUCGUUUGCCUGCUCGAGUUCACUGCUUUCUGCACAGAUCCAGAUGACAAUGCGUCGACCAAAGUCGCCGGGGUGUUCGCCAUGUUCGCCAUGAUGUGCUUCGUGGUCUCGUCCUAUUUCUCGUACAAGUUCUUCCAAGAAGAGCGGCUACCGGCACUGCCGCCGCCUGGUCUACACGCGGCCACCGUCACGCAAGUGCUGCCCAAGUAACCACAUCGUCUCAGCCGUGGCCCAAUCACGCCGGCAGACUCCAGCAAUUUCGCAUCUGUGCGGAGUGAGGAACGAUGCCGCCUUCGAUGAG